AUGAUGAGGGAUCUCAAGGCCGGCGGCCACCUCCCCAACGUCGAUAUCUUGACUGCUUGGCUUUCCACCCGGGAUUAUGCCACCCUCCUGGCUGCUGCUGACUUGGGAGUCUGCCUCCACCGCUCCAGCUCCGGCGUCGACCUCCCCAUGAAGAUUGUUGAUAUGUUUGGUGCCGGCUUACCUGUCACCGCCUAUUCGGCGUAUGAGAGCUUCAGCGAGCUCGUUAAGGAAGGCGAGAACGGCUGCGGGUUUGAGACGCCUGACGACCUCUCUGUCAUCCUGAGACGGCUGUUGUCGAGCAGCUCCACCGAACUCGAAAAGCUCCGCCAAGGAGCUGUAAGAGAGGGAAGUAGGAGAUGGGAUGACGAAUGGGACCCCGUUAUCGGGAGAACUCUCGGCUUAGUAGCUUGA